AGUGAGCUUUUCAAACGCAAGCAGAGAGCACAAAUCGAUCCCGCGAUGCGAUAGAAUAACAGCCGACAGCUUUUCUUCGACGUUUGGUAGACGAUUACGCGCCGAUUAUUUCCAAGAGGGAGGGAAAGAAGAAACAGCAAGAGACAUGGAAUCCGCGAUCGGGCACCUCGAGCAAAGCGUACAAAAAGCCGAUGGAAAAUUGGACAUGAUCGCGUGGCAAAUAGACGCUUUCGAGAAAGCUUUCGAGGAGCCGGAAGACGAGAUAUCUGUGCUUCGCCUAUUACACUCUGUUCAUCAGGUUACGAAAGAUUAUCAAAAUCUCCGUCAAGAAAUUUUGGAAGUUCAGCAGUUACAGAAACAGCUUUCUGAUUCACUUAGAGCUCAGCUUACACAGGUGCACGGACAUUUUAAUUUAUUGCGCAAUAAGAUUGUAGGACAAACUAAACCACAACUGAAAUAAAAAUCAAAUUUAUUAUAUGUUUGGAAGAAGAAUCUGAUAUAUUUUUUAGAAUAUUAUUUGAAGAAAUUUACACAUACUUUACAUGAGAUGAAAAUCAAAAGUGCAUUGUAUUGAAAAAUUAUGAGUAUCCACACUUUCUAUUGUAAAAGUAUUCAAAAUAGAGCAAAUUGCAAAAAAUC